CAUAAAACAUCACCGUGAGGCGUAAAACGAUAUUAAAAAAGUUUAUUCCAUGCUAUUUUUGGGUCAACUCUACCGAAAAAGCAAGGUUAAUUUCACCAUGAAUAUAUGCUUAUGCUUGUAGAAGUUUGUCACGUCUUCCUCCAUCUUCCUCUCUGUUUUAAAAUUCUUGGCCGCUCAACCAUUUUAUCUUCUUCUCACAGGAUAUUUUUAGCUCAAACAUCUAAAUUUUUAUCCCGAAGUCGGACUCUUGCAGAAAGCAGAAAAACUUUUCCCUUUUAGUUUUGGAAAAAUUUCCCAAAUUCUUUCUACCAGAGGCUCUCAAACACAGGCAAGUAAGAAAUCUGAAACCCAUUCACAGUACUACGGAUCCGGGUGUGUGUGUCUCUACUUGCAGGCAUCAUGGAUCCUCUGUCGGUUCUACGAGACUACACCAUCAGAGGAGAUUUGGACAACGUAAAAGCUGUAGGAGAUGACUUCCACUUUGGAGAAGAUUAUAGAUUCCCCUGCAACAUCGACACAGCUUACAGAUCCAAACAGGGUAGUCUCUACACUCUUGAAUGCCUUGUUUUCUUUGUUAAAAAUGCCCACCUUAAACAUACUGAGUAUAUGCAACAAGCCCGAGUACAGAAGCUCCAGAUUGUGACAUACACAGACAGGAAGCCUCUCCUAGAUUACCUUGAAGGCAAAAUCAAUACCACUGAUGCCAUUGAACUUGUUGCCCCUGCUGGGCCUCAUGUUCCUCCUGAAAAACCCAUCUGGGAUGCAGGGGACCAUGUGGAAGAGUAUAGGCCCGAGGAUCCCAGUCUAGGAUUCUUUGAUAAUGGGAAUAAUAGCAAUAAAAGGAUUAGGAUUGAUGGAACAGAAGGCGGAGACAUUGGGGGUGCUGAAACUGAUCAAGUGGCUGUAACUGAAACAGGGCCUCUUAUAGAUCUAGUGAGGGCUAAAGAGAGGCCCCUUAAGGACAGGGAGGCCUUAUUGGAAUGCCCCAAUAGAAAUUUCCAGGCUGUUUUGUCCAUGGCCACCAGAAGGGAUGAAGAGAGGAGGAAAUCAGAAGAUCUACAGAGAAAGCAGCAAGGUAGGCCUAUGGAAACCCCUAGGAAAAAUCAUUACGGAAUCACAGAGGAAAAGAGGUUUUGGAAGGAUCAUUUGGGUACAGAUACUGAUGAACUCGGGAUUGAUCCCACACAAUCAUACAUUGGGCAGAAGGGUUUUGCAAAGCCUGGAUUGGUAUCUCAGAGGCCUCAAGUUCAGGGCACUCCUAGGAGUUCUUUUGGCAGUGGGGGUGGCAAAGGGAAGCCUGAUGGUGUGCCAAUUAUUUUGGUUCCAAGUGCCUUCCAGACUAGAAUGAACAUUUACAAUGCAAAGGACUUUUUGGAGGAUGGAGUCUAUGUUGCACCUGAUGUUAAGGCCAAGCAAAUGCCGCAGAAGCCUGAAUGUGUGACCAUACAGAGAAAGAUUGGGCGUGAAAAAACACCAGUGGCAUACCAAAUAAGAGAUAAGCCCUCGGCUUUGGCUGCCAAUGAUUGGGAUCGAGUUGUAGCUCUUUUUGUGCUAGGGAAAGAAUGGCAGUUUAAGGACUUUCCUUUUAAGGACCAUGUUGAGAUCUUUAAUAAGAUCAAAGGAUUCUACCUUCGUUUCGAAGAUGAUGGGUUGGAGUCUGUCAAGGCUGUGAAGCAGUGGAAUGUUAAAAUAAUUUCGAUCAGCAAACACAAGCGACACCAGGAUAAAACUGCUGCAAUGGAGUUUUGGGAUAAGCUGGACAGUUUCUUAAGAUCACAAAGACCCAACAUGGCUUAUUGAUCACCAAGGAUUUUUUAAGCUGGGCAGUUUCUUAAGAUCACAAAAACCCUACAUGGCUUAUUGAUCACCAGGGAUUUGUUAAGCUGGACAGUUUCUUAAGAUCGUAAAGACCCAACAUUGCUUUUGGUCGCCAAGGCUAUGUCAAAACAUGAAAUAAGGCUAAAAAUAUCCACCUAUGUAAUAAUCACCCUUUCAGAGUGUAUCAUCAACCACCACAUUAAAAUUGAACAGAAAAAAAAAAGGGCUUUUGACAGGCCUCACCUAUGUAUCAUUGAACCAUGUGAAACAAAUGGGACAUCAUCUUAUUUUUAAA